ACAUCCAGCUGCCUGAGACCCUCCUUUAGCCAUCUCAAGGGACAUUCCCAUUCUGCCCACCGCUCCUUCCAGACAGUGCCAUGCGACCCCUGUGGCUCUGCUGCGCACUCUGGGUGCUGCCCCUGGCGGGCCCCGGGGCGGCCCUGACCGGGGAGCAGCUCCUGGGCAGCCUGCUGCGGCAGCUGCAGCUCAGCGAGGCACCUGUACUGGACAGGGCUGACAUGGAGGAGCUGGUCAUCCCCGCCCACGUGAGGGCCCAAUACGUGACCCUGCUGCAGCGCAGCCACGGGGACCGCUCCCGCGGCAAGAGAUUCAGCCAGAGCUUCCGAGAGGUGGCCGGCAGGUUCCUGGCGUCGGAGGCCAGCACGCACCUGCUGGUGUUCGGCAUGGAGCAGCGGCUGCCGCCCAACAGUGAGCUGGUGCAGGCCAUACUGCGGCUCUUCCAGGAGCCGGUCCCCAAGGCCGCGCUGCACAGGCACGGGCGGCUGUCCCCGCGCAGCGCCUGGGCCCGGGUGACCGUCGAGUGGCUUCGCGUCCGCGACGACGGCUCCAACCGCACUUCUCUCAUCGACUCCAGGCUGGUGUCCGCCCACGAGAGCGGCUGGAAGGUCUUCGACGUGACCGAGGCCGUGAACUUCUGGCAGCAGCUGAGCCGGCCCUGGCAGCCGCUGCUGCUACAGGUGUCGGUGCAGACGGAGCAUCCGGGCCCGCUAGCGUCCCGCGCCUACAAGCUGGUCCGCUUUGCCUCGCAGGGGGCGCCGGCCGGGCUUGGGGAGCCCCAGCUGGAGCUGCACACCCUGGACCUCGGGGACUACGGAGCUCAGGGCGACUGUGACCCUGAAGCACCAGUGACCGAGGGCACCCGUUGCUGCCGCCAGGAGAUGUACAUUGACCUGCAGGGGAUGAAGUGGGCCGAGAACUGGGUGCUGGAGCCCCCGGGCUUCCUGGCUUAUGAGUGUGUGGGCACCUGCCAGCAGCCCCCCGAGGCCCUGGCCAUCAAGUGGCCGUUUCUGGGGCCACGACAGUGCAUCGCCUCGGAGACUGCCUCGCUGCCCAUGAUCGUCAGCAUCAAGGAGGGAGGCAGGACCAGGCCCCAGGUGGUCAGCCUGCCCAACAUGAGGGUGCAGAAGUGCAGCUGUGCCUCGGAUGGGGCGCUGGUGCCAAGGGGACUCCAGCCGUAGGCACCUAGUGUAGCCACCGAGGGACUUGACUUGUGUGUGUUUCUGAAGUGUUCUAGGGUACCAGGAAAGCUGGCGAUGACUGAACUGCUGAUGAACAAAUGCUCUGUGCUCUCUAGUGAGCCCUGAAUUUGCUUCCCUUGACAAGUUACCUCACCUAGUUUGUGCUUCUCAGGAAUGAGAAUCCUUGGCCACUCGGGAGCCCUUGCUCAGUUUUCUCUAUUCUUAUUAUUCGCUGCACUAUAUUCUAAGCACUUACAUGUGGAGAUACUGUAACCUGAGGGCAGAAACCCCAAUGUGUCAUUGUUUACUUGUCCUGUCACUGGAUCUGGGCUAAACUCCUCCACCACUAUGGACCUAAGACCUGGGGUUAAGUGUGGGUUGUGCAACUCCAAUCCAGAUAAUAAAGACUUUGUAAAACAUGAAUAAAACACAUUUUAUUCU